AUGGAGGAGGCCGUUGCUUCUAAAUGGCUGAUUUCCAACGACACACAGCUUGGCUUGCAGAUGGAUGAAGCAUUUCGAAGACACAAGGAGGUGGUGAACGGUUAUUGGGGUGAGCAGUCACUGACGCUCAUCAUCGCCAUGUAUACCCCCACGCUGCCACGCCAGAACACGUUUCUGGUGCACCAGCAAUUUGACGGCGACACACGGAUGCAUGGAAGAGACCUCACGGAACAAACUCGCCGAUUUCUCGAGUACUCAAGACGGUUGAAAGAAGAAAAGCAACUCGAAGAGAAGAGGAGAGAAGACGCCUUCGAGGUGACCGCCACAAACAUCUGUCAAACCACGGAGGCCAAACAAGCUCAGUUGAGAGAGGCAAGUCGGGCCCUAGAGAAGGAGGUCAGAGAGAUGCAAUUCGAACAGAUGCAAAAGAGAGAACAGGUACGCCCGACGCAACCGGAUGGAUGUCCCAGCUUUCUUGACAAGAUGUUUGCUCGAGAUGCGAUGGAAAGCAGGCGAAUGGAGCUGGCGAAACAUCAGUACCACCUCGAUUUGCUGCUGCAGAUUCAUCAGCGUUCAGGUGCUGCAACAUCUAUGCAACAAGAAUCAGAGUGUUGUGACUUUACCCGACCAUUCGCGACGUCGCAAGAUGACAGCGGCACCUAUGCACAUCUUAACCCACUGCGAAGAAUCGCAACCUCACAGUCAUGA